UUAUGCAGGACUUUUUACAGUAAUACUCAAUAAACGAAAUGAUAAUAAGUAUUUUAUUGACCUACCAUAAGUGACCCUGAAUGAAUAAAUACUUUACGGAACGCGUAAGAUUCGUAUCACAAUAAAAACCGAACAUUUCCAAUGCGUUUGUGUAAGGUGAAGGUCUCGACUCAAAAUCGAGAGAAACAUCAUGGAGAGCAUCCACACGACGGGCAUCGCCGAAAUCCACGACGUGCCGAUGUCGGUGAUAAUCAGGCCGCUGCCGCCGGUGCUCGACGAGAGCAAAGUCAAUUCGCUGAUGAUAACGCUGUCGGAUCCGAAGACCAAAGACGACGUGCCGCCCGUCGACGUGCUGUGGAUAACCGGCAGCGAGGGCGGCAAUUACUAUUACAGCUUCGGCGGUUGCCACCGGUUCGCCGCCCACCGGAGGCUCGGCUGCGCCACCAUUCGGGCCAAGAUCUUCGAGUCCAACGUGGAGGAUUUGAGGGUUUACCUGGGAGCUAGUACUCCGGAUUUGAAAUGAAACAAACAGACAAAUGUGGCUAAUAAAUUCGUUGCUGUUAGAAACGUGCAUAGACGAAAUAAAACAUCUUUCUUUCUCUACGGUCCUGUGCUUUAAACAGUCUCUUUUAUUUUGUCUAUGG